AUGUCUGUAUCUACAGAAGGUAAGGGCAAUCCCGAACUGCCAUUCAAGGAAUCAUCAUCGUCACAAGAUUUCGAGGCUGCGCAGCCUUCGAAAGGAGAUUAUGUCUACCCCGCCGAUGCCUACUCAAUGCCACGGCAAAUUCUAUUCAUCGGAACUGUAUGUAUGUCCAUGUACACCAAUCAGCUGGGCUUGUGCAACACCCUAACCACGCUCAAAAUAAUCGGAGACUCUUUUGGAAUCAGUAAUCCCGGUCAAUUGUCAUGGUUGAUUGCUGGCUAUAGCUUAACUAUCGGCACGUUCAUCCUACUUGGUGGACGCCUUGGCGAUGAGUAUGGCAACAAGAAAACGUUUGUGCUGGGCAUGAGCUGGCUUUCCUUGUGGAGUUUGGUGGCAGGACUCUCCGUCUAUUCCAAUCAUGUGCUCUUCAUCUUUGCUCGCGUCUUCCAGGGUCUGGGUCCUGCCUUGACUUUACCCAAUGCUCUCGGUAUCUUUGGCAAGUCUUUUUCCGAGGGCCCGCGAAACAUGGCCUUUGCAUGGUUCGCCGCAGCAGCGCCAUUUGGCGCCAUGACAGGUCUCAUUUUUGGCGCCCUCUUUUCCAUGGCUUGGUGGCCAUGGAUUUUCUGGAGUCAGGCUAUUGGUGUCGCUUUCGUAGCUGCCUUUGCUGCAUGGACAAUACCAGACAUGCCUGUACAAAAGGAGCAGAUGCGACCGCUUCGUCAAAAGCUGGACCGCCUGGAUCUUCCUGGUGGUGCAGCUGGCGUGAUGGCCCUGGUCUUGUUCAACUUCGCGUGGAAUCAGGCCGUGGUCGUUACUUGGCGGGAACCCUACGUCUAUGUGUGCUUGAUCCUCAGUUUCUUUUUCGGUGCACUAUUCUUUUACAUUGAGAUUUACCGAGCCCGCCAUCCAAUUCUACCCAUCGCUGCCUUUACUUUGGAUAUUGUCUUCGUUUUCGCAUGCACGGCAGCAGGCUGGGCCACAUUUGGCAUAUGGCUCUUCUACGCCGUACGAGUAGCCCUUGAUAUAGGUGGCCAAACUCCUAUUCAGUUGGCAGCAUGGUUUACUCCUAUCCUUAUUACCGGAGUAGUUUCAGCUUUGGCGGUCGGCAAAAUAAUUAGCAAGGUUCCUGCCUCUUAUAUUAUGGUAGUUGGACAGGUUGCGUAUUUGGUCACAUCCAUUCUGAUGGCCUUACGGCCUCCAGAAUCGAUUUAUUGGACCUACUUCUUUUUCGGCACCAUCAUCGCCACUAUCGGAAUGGAUACAUCGUUGCCUGCUGCCAUAAUGAUUUUUGCAAGCGUAGUUCCCCGGCAAUACCAGGGCAUGGGAGCCAGUAUAGUCAUGACCAUCGUUAACUACAGCAUAUCACUUGGUCUUGGUUUUGCUGGCACCAUUGAAAUCAACAUCAAUCAUGGUGGACAUACUCAAGCAGACUUGCUCUAUGGUUACCGGGGUGCUCUGUGGUUCUCCGUUGGCUUGACGGGGCUCGGAACUGUUCUCAGUCUUAUCUUCUUGCUCAAAAAUCACUCAAAACAGAAGUCAAAUGAGAGUAAAGCGGAAGAGAACAUACCAGAAAAUCAUUAA